AUGUCUUCCAAGCCUGCAGAAGUCAGUUUUCCCAAAGAGCUGGACUCUACUUCUGAUUUCGCACACGAGGUGGACUCUGCGUUUGGAUUUACGGCGAAGCAGCUGGUGGACGAAUACACGCUCAACAACCGCUGGUCCAGGGCCAGCUCGAGGCCGUCCACCUCUGAAAAACCAAUCGCGGGCGAUGACGACACCGUUUAUCCCUCAAAGGGCAAGGCAAUCAUCGUCAUUGCGGCUCUCAACCUCUCGGUGCUGCUGCUGGCUCUAGAUCAGACCAUCCUCGCCCCGGCUCUCGGCGCCAUCACCAGCGAGUUUGGAACCGUCAAGGAUAUUGGUUGGUAUGGAGCCGCCUACCUUCUCACCAACUGCGGCUUCGUGCUCCUAUAUGGCCGGCUGUAUACCAUCUUCAACAUCAAAUGGACCUUCCUGUCCAGCAUCUUCAUCUUUGAGCUCGGGUCCGUUGUCUGCGCCAUCGCUCCCAGUUCCAGCAUCUUCAUCUUGGGCAGAGCCGUCGCCGGUGUGGGAUGCGGCGGUAUUUACUCGGGCACCGUGGUCAUGACGGGCUACACGUUGCCCCUGCACCAGCGGCCGAUGGCGUUUGGCUUGACCGGCGCAGUCUUUGGCCUCGCGAGCGUUGCCGGACCUUUGCUGGGCGGCGUCUUUACCGACCACAUAAACUGGCGCUGGUGCUUCUGGAUCAACGUCCCGAUCGGUUUCAUUUCCAUCGUCGUCGUCGUCUUCUUUGUCAAUAUAAACCGCGAUAACAACCCUCAACGCAAGAGGCUCAUCGACCGAAUCAGGGAGGUUGACCUGUGGGGCAUCAUCGCCCUCUUCCCGACCAUUGUAUGCUUCAUCCUGGCCAUCCAGUGGGGAGGAACCGAGUUUGCCUGGAACAGCCCUGAGGUCAUUGGGCUCUUUAUUGCCACCGCCGUGCUGGGCGCAACCUUUGUCUGGGUGGAAAUCCGCAUGGGAGAUCAGGGAAUGCUGCCGCCGAGGCUUUUCAAGAACCGGGAUAUGGUGAUUGCGUUUGCAUUCGCUGUGGCUUUCUCCUCGGCUUUCGCGCCUAUAAUCGUUUACACCGCCAUUUACUUUCAAGCAAUAUUUGGCGACAAGGCCGUCGACGCCGGCAUCAAGCUGCUCCCGCUGCUCAUCUCCUCCGUCAUCUCCAGCAUCGCAUCCGGAGCAAUCACAACCAUGAUAGGGUACUACAACCCCGUCAGCAUCGGCGGCAUGGCAUGUCUCUCCGUCGGCGCGGGGCUCAUCACCACCUGGACCCUGGACACGCCGAUGUCGGCCUGGUUCGGAUUCCAGGUCCUCGCGGGAAUCGGCACGGGCACGGGGUUCCAGAUAGCCUUGCUCGUCGUCCAGAACGUUUUGCCGCAGGACUGGGUCCCCAUCGGCACCUCUGCCGUGCAGUUCUUUCAGAACCUAGGCGGCGCCGUCGUCAGCGCCAUCGCGCAGAGCGCCUUCCAGAACGGCCUCGUCUCCUCCGCCGCGAGCAGCGUGCCGUUCCUCCCAUCGUCAUUUGUGCUCGGGACGGGCGCCUCCAACAUCCGCCAGGCCCUGGGGGCCUUGGCCGCAUCUGCAGAGCUGGGGCCCCUAAUCGACAACGCCGGCGGGUUCGACAAGGUGUAUGAUGAUCUUGAAGGGCAAGCCCACGGAUCCUUCGCCAGAAGACGGCCAAGCUGUGGUGCCGGUUGAAAAGGAAAAAAAAAGCCCGCGGCUGAGGCAGUUGAUGCCAAAAGAUGAAAAAGUGCUUGCCAUUUGUCCCUUGUUAUGUAUUUUAUUUGUCACCGACCACAAAGCUCCCAAUAC